AUGCCUUAUUUUUUUUUUGUGGUAAAGGGUUUAGAUGGCAUCGCUUUUUUAGUAACCAAAAAGAAAGAAAAAUACAUCGAAAGCGAAACGAAAAUCCAAAAUAGGAUUCAACGGUCCGAUAAAAUAGAAGGUGAAAGAACACAAACGCCGAAGAAUUGGCGCGUUUGCUUUAGCAUUUUGAAACUUUACAUUAAUUUGUGAAGUAAAAAGAAAGAAAGUAUGCCUCGAGCUGUUAAAACAAAAACUGGUGCUUUAGCAGCCGGUGUUCCCAAAAAGGGAUCAGCUCCAAAAAGAAACAAAUUAUAUGCUAUGCCAGAAAAGAUCUCGGAAGGCACAAUCCUUACUGAUCUGUCAAAAGCUCAGUGGUCUAUAGGUUCAUCAAUUGGCACUGGUGGAUUUGGUGAAAUUUACUCUGCUUGUCGAGUUGGAGAAAAAAAUUAUAACUACGUAGUAAAGUGCGAGCCACAUGGUAAUGGGCCAUUGUUUGUUGAAAUGCAUUUUUAUAUGCGAAAUGCCAAAUUGGAAGAUAUUAAACGAUUUCAGCGUGAACAUGGUUUGAAAUCUCUUGGUAUGCCCUAUAUGAUAGGUAAUGGUUCAGUUGAACUAAAAGGAAUUAAACAUCGGUUUAUUGUUAUGCCGCGAUAUGGUAGCGACAUCUCAAAGUUCUUUUUAACCAAUGGGCGCCGCAUACCCGAGGGUACUAUAUAUCGACUGGCAAUACAAAUGUUAGAUGUCUAUGAAUUUAUACAUUCGUGUGGAUAUGUGCAUGCAGAUUUGAAGGCAGCCAAUAUUCUUUUGGGUUACGGUAAAGAUGGUAACAAUCAAGCCUAUUUAGUUGACUAUGGAUUAGCGUCGCAUUAUACGACGAAGGAUUUUAAACCAGAUCCAAAGAAAAUGCAUAACGGUACCAUAGAAUACACAUCUCGCGACGCUCACCAAGGUGUACCAACAAUGCGCGCCGAUUUUGAAAUAUUGGGAUAUAAUAUAAUAGAAUGGUCAGGCAGUCAAUUGCCUUGGGUCAAGAACAACAUUCUUACAGUACCCACGAAAGUGCAGAAGGCAAAAGAAGAGUUUAUGGCGGACGUACCUAAUUCCUUAAAAACCUUAUAUGCUAAAAGUGUUCCAGGUCCUAUAAUUGAGUAUAUGAAGUAUGUAGCUAAGUUGGAAUACAAUGAAACCCCCGACUAUGAAAACUGCCGUAAAAUAUUUAGUAGCGCUCUAAAAGAUAUGAAAAUACCUAAUUCAGGAGAAUUACUUUUCGCAACAAAAAACAAAGAGAGUCCCGCCCCCUCCACCAGUAGGGCUCGCCCAAAAUUAGUUGAAAGGCGCUCGGCAGCAAACGAUACAUCUGUAGAACUAUGUGCUAGUGACGACGACGAUGAUGAUGUAAUAUUUGAAGAAAAAGAAGUGGUAAAAAAAGCACCGCAAAGAACAUUAAAAACUAUUACUAAGCGUUCCCCAAAAACUGCCGUAAGUCCUAAAAGAGCCAUAGUACGCGGGUCUCCUGAUGUGAAAAUCUCUUCAAAGUCUACACCAAAAAUAACGCCUUUACGUAAACGUCGGUCAACGUCAUUCUCGCCUUCUAAGGCACCAAGAUCUUCUCCCCUGGCUAAAAAGUCAAAGCCAACUCCUCGUGAAGCUGUAAAUGGUAAACGCAGCACACCAAAUACAUCCGCUUCAUAUACAACGCGCUCGACACCAGUCGCUGCUACAGCCAAUAUUAACUUCAGCCCAGCUAUCUCUUUAUCAACAGCGCGUCCUGGAAAGACAAUUGUUAAUGAUAAUACUACUCCAGUGCCACGUGCCGGCAAAACGUAUGAAUUUAAUUUUGAGUUGGAUGUUAGCAUGGACGCAAAUGUCGUAGUGAACGUGAAACGCAAAAAGAAAGCAACAGCCAACAGCACCAAGGGCGUUGAUAGUACGGGACAGAGUAGUUCUAAAUCAUCGCGCGCUACUGCGCAGUCUACAAAAAGAGAUCAAACACCAGAAAACGACAAAAAUACCCCUGUUACACGAGUCAAAGUACGGAAGCUUCCCAGUGAUGAUGCAUGUGAUAGUCCACGCACGCCUGCUGUUACUGUGAAAAAAUCAAAGCGUAUAGUUUCAUAAAAUAUUUGCUUAAUUUAAUAUUUUACAUAGAUUUUGGUCAACACUCUCCGUACAUUCUUUUUUAAUUGUUUGAAUGUUUGUAAUUGUUUCUUACUAACUAACCAUUUGUUGAAAAAACGUAAAAUUCCGUUCCCUUUCAUUACUAUUUGACAUCAUCGUCCGGGCAAGGGAUAGAAAAUUAAAAAAAAAAUGUUGCUUAAUACGCUAAAUAAAUUUUUGUA